CUUUCAGCUACUCUCUCCAUCUACGACACCCGCUUUCGCAAUCAUCCACGCAUCACUUUGGCUCUAAUGUGCUCCAGCUCGUCUGUCUCGACAGUGUCUUAUGUACCGUCGACCACCCGGACCGGAGAUCCUCCGCGCGCGACUGCAACUACACCGAAGACCAGGGAGCGCGGUGGCCAGUGCUGUCACUGUGGCUGGCGAGGCAGUCAUGACCCGUCUUGUUACUUUAACAAUCCAACAACAGCCGCUCGGAGUUGACCUUCCUCGAACUACUCGAGCAAGAUCAUCUGUUAAUCUACCUCCAACCCAUCAAAGUAUGACGUCGUUCUAUUUAGACGAGGAUUCCGGGCUGAUUUACAGACUAGAAUCUCCAAAUGCCUCAGUCCAGAUUUCUAGAUCACGUAUAUCCUUGUAAAAUGUAAACACCAAUCGUUCGUAUUCAUAUGCUGUACGGGUUCAUCUUAUCCUUUUUCUAUUUUCUAAAACAUAGAUCACUUUUGGAGUGUAGUCUUUAUGUCUAAAACUGCUCGUGACUAUAUCGAAGCAAUGGUUUGAAUUAUUCAGUCGUAUAUGGGCAUGAUAUUCAAUACUGCAUGAUAGCUCAUCCAACCCUAGAAUGAAUUACUGCGCAGCUCGCUUUAUAACACGAACAAAAACA